CGCCUGCGUGGGUGCUUAUAAAAUGUCAAAGUGAAAGGAUCUGUGAUUCAAACCUGACGGAUAAGGAGAAAAAAUAUAGGCAGCCUUACCAGCAGUAGGUGACCACGAUACUUUGUUCUCACCCAGGUUUGUGAGAGCAUUGAGCUUAAUCUCGAUAUCAAACUGAGAAAGAAAGCCCACCUGAACUGGGUGUUUGAGGCGUUUGAUGAAUGUGACCCGAUGAGGUUGAUUCAGAGAAUCAACCCUUAGGAGCAGGAAAAAGCAAAAGACCAGAUGUGUGUGUUUCACUGAAACGGGAACUUCUGCAAGAAGAACGGGUCUUUUGUGUUGACACAAUGAGAUUGCAAAAGAGCGGAGGAGAAAAAACAGGGUGAAAGCUGGUCCUCAUUAUUCUUGCGUAUUAUUUCAUCGAGGUAGCGUGGCUUGUUGUAUUAAGAGAAGAGAGGGCACAGAGCCAGAGGAAUAUAAUCCUGGGAAUCUGUUCGAAUCAUCACAUGUUUGUGGAGGAAAAUGUGCCACAUUGCCAAAGACCCUGGCAAUCUCCUCUGCUCUUGCAUCAUUUGCUGUGGGUAUAAAGCGCCGGCUCCUGUGCGCAUGUUCCACUCGCUUUUUGUGUCGUCGCUCCUUCUCCAUUGGCUCCCCCUCAGCCUUAACGCCGGGCCAGCCCUCUCACUGCACAGUGCGUGCGCCCGACGUGUGUGUGUGCGCAUCUACCCCACGCUGCCGAGAGCCGGACUCAGCCUCCCCACGCUGCUCCGCGGAGGAAAAAGAUGGAGAAAAAGAGCGAGAUCAACGGGCACGCCAUGCCCAGCUCGGCCUCCACCGACCGGAUCCUGGAGAAAAGCGCGCGGAGGAGCUGCAGGGAGAAGCUGCUGGAGUUCCUGAGGAAGAACCUCCUGGUGAUCAUGACGGUGUCCGGGGUGCUGGUGGGCGUCGGGCUCGGGAUGAUAGUCCGCAACAUGGACCUGACCAAGGCGCAGAUGACCUACUUCGCCUUCCCCGGGGAGAUGCUCCUCCGCAUGCUGAAGAUGAUCAUCCUGCCGCUGGUCGUCUGCAGCCUCGUGUCCGGCGCCGCCAGCCUGGACACCCGCUCCCUGGGUAAGCUGGGGGGCAUCGCCGUCACCUACUUUCUGGUGACCACGCUGAUCGCUUCGUGCAUCGGGGUGGCCCUCGCCUUCAUCAUCAAGCCCGGCGUGGGCGCAGGAGCCCUGAACACCAACAGCCUGGGACUGGAGAGCCUCAGCAACAACAAGGAGACCACGGACUCGUUUUUGGAUCUGGCCAGGAAUUUAUUCCCAUCGAACUUGGUGGCUGCUGCUUUCCGUUCUCAUGUCACUGACUACAAGAUGGUUGCUGUUGGGAAUGACACCAACGGGACCAUCCUCUACCAAAAGGUGCCUGUUGGUACAGAAACAGAUGGUAUGAACAUCCUGGGUCUAGUGCUGUUUGCGAUGGUGUUUGGCGUGGCGCUGAGGAAGCUGGGAGAUGAGGGCGAGGAACUCAUUCGUUUCUUCAACGCUUUCAACGAGGCCACUAUGGUGCUGGUGUCUUGGAUCAUGUGGUACAUCCCCUUUGGCAUCAUGUUCCUGGUGGGCAGCAAGAUUGUGGAAAUGGAAGAUGUGGUUCUUCUGGUCACAAGUCUGGGAAAAUACAUCUUUGCUUCAAUCCUGGGCCACAUUAUCCACGGAGGCAUCGUCCUGCCGCUCAUCUACUUCGGCUUCACACGCAAGAACCCCUUCAGUUUCCUUUCAGGCCUCAUCACGCCGUUCACCACUGCCUUCGCCACCUGCUCCAGUUCAGCAACUCUUCCCUCUAUGAUAAAAUGCGUCGAAGAGAACAACGGCGUGGACAAACGCAUCAGCCGCUUCAUCCUUCCAAUCGGCGCCACUGUUAACAUGGACGGGGCAGCCAUAUUCCAGUGCAUCGCUGCUGUCUUCAUCGCUCAGCUCAACAACACUGAGCUGAAUGCCGGACAGAUCUUCACCAUCCUGGUGACAGCCACAGCCUCAAGUGUCGGUGCGGCGGGUAUCCCAGCCGGUGGCAUCAUAACCAUCGCCAUCAUCCUGGAGGCCAUCGGCCUGCCGACCAAUGACCUGUCCCUCAUGCUGGCUGUUGACUGGAUUGUGGAUCGCACCACCACGGUGGUGAACGUGGAAGGCGAUGCUCUGGGUGCUGGAAUCCUCCACCACAUCAACCAGCAGGAGAUGAAGAAGCAGCAGGAGCAGCAGCAGCAAGAGGGCGAGCUGGCCGAAGUCCGGGUGGAGGCGGUGGCCAACGCCCAGGCGGAGGAGGAGACCUCGCCGCUCGUCACGCACCAAACCAAAGCCUUAGGGGCCACGCCGGAAGCCAUUGAGUCUGUCCUGUGAACUUACCUAGACUUUUUUCUUGACCCCUGACCUUUUGACACGUCUGACGUUGCUGCUGAUGCACCAUUCUGACUCAGUGUCCGUUCAAGAAACAAGGUCACUCAUGGUUUCACUUGCGAGGAAAGUGCCAUCAUAACAGUCUGUCUCGAGCGUUGACCGUCUCCCAUGCAACUAGCGUUUACGAAAUUCAGCCUCUUGGGCUUAGGAUAUGAGAAUUAUACAUUUUGAAAACCAUUUUCUUCAGUCUAGCUAAGAAGUUUAUUUUGCCUUCACUUGUGGCAAAGUAUUUUAUAUUUUGAAUAAUUCUGAAGAAAGCAUUUUGGGAUGGAAACACACAUUGUGUAACAUGUUCCUAAAACAUUCCCAUAAAUGUUAUAAUCUGCUGUCUCAAGCACUGUGUGAGAUGCUCAGAGCCAUAAUUUGAACAUCAUUAAGUGCAUUUCUUUGUCUUCGUCCACAGACAGCAAAUACAAUGACCAACAUUCAUGAUAGAAUACUAACAACUUACCAAAUGCUGAAAGUCCAAAUCUAAAAAAAGAAAAAAGCUUGAUACUGUCUGUUGUAAGUUAAUCACAUGUUCAGAAUACCUGUUUAAUCACAUUUGCUCAGCUGUUGGAAAGAGAUGUAUUUACAUUUCAUUUGUUCAGCACAUUUAUUUUUCAUUUUUAGCUGGAUGGAAACAGCAACUGAAUUCAAGUUCAGGACCAGAUCUGAUGGAGAGCUGUUUGGUCCCAUAUUACCAUCAGACAGCCGUUUUACUAGAAGUUCCCUGACUUUUGUUUGCUGACAGUCAGCAAACAACUUUCAACUGACUUUCAACAGAUUUUGGGGCAGUCCUGUUGAACUAGUCACACAGGCUGAGGGAUUUUGUUUUGGACAUUGGACCAGUUUGUUUGUCUGACCUGCCUUUAUGGUUUCAUGUGGGAAAACCCGUUGAUACGCGUUUUAUUCCCUGACUCAUCCCAUUUAUCUCUGAGUGCACCGAAUAUUGGUGUCAUUUACAUAACCAUGGUUAUCUAAAUCUACGAUACCAUGGAAAAAAAAACCUCAUGAGAAAAGCCAACUGCAAACAUGAUGAGGUACAUAAUGUUUUCUCAGGCGAUAUCAGGAGUUUCCAAGCGCAUUUUUCUUACUUUGGAACAACAGCAGUAGUUGCUUUACAGAUUUACAAAAAAAUUGCCCCUGAAGUUUGUGUAGUAGCUUCCAAUACUGGCUUCCCACUGAGCACGCAGCUAGCUCUCAAAAGUUGCAUUUAUGCGUUAAUCAUUUUUAAAUUAGGCGAGUCAGCGACACAAAUUUGUAUGUGUUGUCAUUUUUCUUAUUUGUUACAUAACACUAUCUUACUGUUGUGACUUGUUCGUAAAAGCAGCAGGUAGCUUUGUUGCUAUGUGCUUUUAAGUAUGUCACCAAGAGGUCUAAUAAAAUAGCCGUUUAACUUUUGGCUUUGUUUGCAAGCUAAUCAGUGGGUUAAAGCAAUGUUAACAUGCAAGAUUCAAGAUUAAUGUCAUUGUCAUGAUACAACAAAAGCUUGUAGAAUGAAAUUUCCGGCACUUUAACGUGCAACUAAUCAGUUAGUUAAUCUUAACUAGUGCUAUCAUUUCUUGACUAACGUGCUUAAACGUGACACUCAAGUUGGCUAGCGACUGUAACAAACAAAAUAGUUUUAAAGAAUCAUUUAUGAUGUUAGGAUCAGCUCCCAGUUAAAACACAGAACAGAAAUGAACUUCAUAUCUCAAGUCCUGAUGAGAGAACAAACUAGAAGCUACGCAGCCUCAAUACAGCCCACUAUUGUUAGGCAAAAGCUGGAGUCCUCUAGUUUGAAGGCAUCUUGAUGAGUUUCUGGGAUUAGCUGCAAUUUGUUGAUAAUUGAGUGUUUGUUUGGAAUUACUGUAAACACACGUGUUUGACAUCAUAAAAAACACUCCAGUCUCAAAUUUAUCAGCCUAAUUAAUGAUAGUCAGUGAGGUCCAAAAAAUCAAGAAAUUCACUUCUGUUCACUAAUAAAACACAAAUAUUGGACCAAAAUGUGUGAUGAGUUCACAUCAUACUGUACGUCAUUAUUUUGUGAAUCCAAUCGUUUAGUUUCAGAUGCUUUCAUCAUGAUAUUGAUCUUCAAUGGAGGUUAUAUGAUGUUUGUGAUUUUUUUCUGUCAAGACCUGAGGUGGUGAUACAGCGCAUCUUGAGCUACUUUAUGUCAUGGUCUCUGACUUUUCACCAAAACUUCUACCUCCGUUAUUGGAAAGAUUUAACGGCAGAUAUAAGCUCAGCGUUGGCUGAUUUACACCAUAUUUUUAUUUAAUCUGUGUGAUAAAUUAUUUCAAAGGGAAUGUCAUGGCCCAUUUCAUGGGAUUUUUAGAGCUAUAUAGCCUAAAAAGGCCAAGUGCUAUUCCUUGAUCUCUGAUUUUUUUGUUUUUAGAGUUGCCCCAUGUCAUACUUGAUGUCCAUGAAGGAAAGUGCCAAAUUUCUGAUGGUUUUGCAUUGAGUUUGGAUUAAGGAAGGACUUAACUGACAGGAUGAGCAUGUGCUUCUUUUUCUGUCUGAGACACUGGUGGGUUUUCCGCUGGCUUUUUUAAAAAAAAUUAUAACUGUAGUAAUAUUUAUUUGAUCUUUUAUUUAACUUUCAUAGGGAAUACUGGUGAUGAGAAUGCUCCAGUGAUGAGUCUUGUGAUGUGUAUUAUAAAGUGAAGACCACUUAGAGAUGAAGGAACGUCAUGUAUGUGAACUUAAUGCAUGCUCCUGUCACCUGAUGUCUGAUGUGCUCAUUUAUGAUGUGGUGCUGCUGCUUUAGUUUUGGGUCAUGGUGUGAAUGUGGUAAAACAGAAGGUGAACUGGUAUGUUUGAUAAUUUUCUUAACAUUUGAGAUUCAAUGAUCACUUUUCUAAGCUAACAACUGCUCUGUUAACCUAAAGAUGAGGUUUAUGACUAGACUUUGUUCAGUAUAUCCGGUGCAAUCACAUGUAAUUACAUGCCAUGUGGUACAGUUCCUAUAUAUAUAUUUGAUAUUAAUUUAUUUGUAAUUGUUUUAACUUUUUGUAUCAUUUGUAUUUCCUCAUUUUAACACUUUUUCUCAAUGUCAGUUUUUUUAUUACUAUUGAUAAGAUUUUUAAUGAAUUCUUCUGCCACUUGUUGCUGAAAACCUGUUGUUAGAAAUCUACUUUAAUUUCUGUUUUUUGUUUCAUAAUAGUAGCUACUACUAUGCCUGUGCCAUAUCUAUGUCUAACACUGUGCAGCUGUGUCUUUGCUGUUGGUCCUGCUGUCUGUCAACAUUAAAGGUGAUACCGUAAACUUUUCAUGCAA